GGUCUGUAAAUCAAUCUUUUUCAAUACAAAAAUGGCUGCAGUACAACAAAAUUUAUCAAAAAUGUUAUCAGCACAGCUGCGUAAUAAAGCAAAUGAGUUUUUGAACUCUAGAAAACAUGCCAAUAAUGUUGCUGAUAUCUUACAAAUGUUUGAUGUCGAAUCUGAUAAUUUCACGCCGCUUUUACUCACUAUAGAAAUGAUAUUUACUGAACUAUUAAAAAGAGGCGAUUUGGUACAAGAAAUCGUCCCAUUAAAACCUAUAGAUCAAAGUCCGGAGGCAGAAUACAAGAGAUGGUUGCUGGAGUGCUACGAGGCCGCACUGGUGAGGUGUCUGGAGUGCUUGAGGCGUGGUCGCGUCAGCUCCCGCCUGCAGGCGCUUGUAACUGCCUGCAAGCUGCUGCAGGCUGAAGGGAGAUAUCCUUUAGAACCAACUAAUGGGUUUUACUUUCCAUCUGUGCGUUUGAAGAAUAUAUUUAUUGUGCUGCUUGACUCGGAGAUAUCAAUGUCAGCACUGAUAGCACGCUUCCAGGAGUUCACAGAGUAUAAAGAUGUGCAGCAGUAUGGUCUAAAAGUGCUCUCCAGUAUUGGUUAUAAAAAAUCACCAUCAUCUAUCUACAUGCAGAAUUACUUGGAGCUGAUGGACAAACUGCUGGCUGUGGAGAUCCCCACGGAGGCUAAGAGUAAAGCCAAGGAGAGAGAUGAUAAGGAGGACAAGGUGCUGUGCGCUGUUGAAGGCAAGACUAAGUUUGCAUACCACCCGCUGGUGUGCCGGCGCCACGCCAACCGGUGCUGGGGCUUCGCGUGCCAGUGGUCGCUGUGCGGGGCGCCGCGCGCGCACCGCCGCGCGCUGCUGCUGCUGGUGGAGCGCCUCAUGCCGCUGCUGGCCAAGCCGCACCUCGCCACUGAUAUGCUCUGCGACAGUCUUGAUGCGGGCGGGCCCAUCAGCAUGCUGGCGCUGCAGGGCGUGCUGGAGCUGGUGCGGCGACACAACGUGUCCUACCCCGACCUGUACGACCGCCUCUACGCCAUGUUCGAGCCGGAGAUGUUCGCGACACGCUACAAGCGCCGGCUGCUGCACCUCGCUGAUAUAUUCCUCAGCUCCACUCACCUGCCGGAGGGGCUGGUGGCGGCGUUCGCGAAGCGCGUGUCGCGGCUGGCGCUGGUGGCGGCGCCGGAGGACGCGCUGGCGCUGCUGCAGCUGCUGGCCAACCUGCUGCUGCGCCACCCCGCGCUCAAGCGCAUGCUCUGCUGCGAGGACACGCCCGCGCCGCCCCUCAUGUCUGGUGACCCGUACGUGAUGGAGGAGACGAGCGCGAUGAGUUCCCGCGCGCUCGGCUCCUCGCUGUGGGAGGUGUCCGCGCUGCGGCGGCACGCGGCCCCCGCCCUCGCCCGCGCCGCCGCGCACCUGCUGGCCGCCGCAGACCAGCGCGCCGCGCCCGCCGCCCUCGCCCCGCCUGACGCACAGAUGUUCGAUGCGGAACUAAAGAAGCGCUUCAAGACGAUAGAGAUGAACUUCAUCCGGCCGCAGGGCAUGGCGCUGCCGGCGGACGACCGCCUGCACCACUACUGGCAGCUCACCGCGUGAACUACCCCCACCCUACAGGUGACGUCACACAACACAAUUUGAGUUGGCACGUCCUGCAGACUAGUACUCCUGUAAACGACGUGCCAACUGAACUGCUACGCUUGAGGUGACAGACUAUACAGACACAUCUGACAAGAGUCAGCUUAUUUCGUCAGAUCUGUCAAUAUAGAAUGUCAGGCAAACGUUUUCAAACAUUUUAUUGAGAAAUUAAAAAAAAUGAGUUUUUUUUGUGAAGGAUAUUUUGAAAAUCAUUGAU